GAUUAUUAAUUAGAUUUGUAGACUUUUAAAGAAAACAACAGUUAGUUGAACCAUACCUUGUAAGACUGUUUAAUGGUGAUGAAAUCUUCCAAUUUUGAUGUCUCCAUACCACUAUAAAGGUAAAAUAAAUGUCCUGCAUGUACUUCGAUGAGGUCUAUAUUUUUUUUCUGUAUGUGAAAAAUUUAUCUAAGUCUUAAGAUGCUUUAUAUAUCAAUAUUAUUAUACCAGAAUACACCAAUAUGAACAGAGGUAGAGGUGGAUUUAGAGGAGGCCGUGGUGGCAGACCAGCACCAUUCCAACAAGGCCCACCAGAUUCAGUCUUAGAAAUGGGUUCAUUCAUGCAAGCCUGUGAAGGUGACAUAGUAUGUCGUUCUAUAAAUGUUAAAAUUCCUUAUUUCAAUGCUCCAAUCUAUUUAGAAAAUAAAACCCAAGUUGGUAAAGUUGAUGAAAUAUUGGGUCCUUUAAAUGAAGUUUUCUUCACUAUCAAACCUUCAGAAGGUGUUAAAGCUGAUUCAUUCAAAGAAGGUGACAAGUUUUUCAUAGGUCCAGAUAAGUUAUUACCACUUGAAAGAUUUUUACCAAAGCCAAAAGAAGUUGGUUCUAAACCAAAAAAGAAGUCUGCCGGUGGAGCUGCCAGAGGUGGAUUCGGUGGCCGUGGUGGUGCUAGAGGUGGCUUUGGAGGCCGUGGUGGAUCCAGAGGUGGAUUCGGUGGUGACCGUGGUGGAAGAGGUGGAUUCGGUGGCCGUGGUGGAUCCAGAGGUGGAUUCGGUGGUGACCGUGGUGGAAGAGGUGGAUUCGGUGGCCGUGGUGGAUCCAGAGGUGGAUUUGGCGGUGACCGUGGUGGAAGAGGUGGAUUCGGUGGAAGAGGUGGAUUCGGUGGUGACCGUGGUGGAAGAGGUGGCCGUUUCUAAGUUGUGUUUGCACAUUUUAUCUAUGUACCAUAUAAUUUUUCAUUAACAGUUUAUUAGAAAAAGUGUAUUUAAAUUGUACUUUUUUUCCAUAUUAGAUAGAGUAGUUACUUCUAAUAAAUCAAAUAUAUCAAAUACUUUAUA